AGAAAGAAAACUUGUUUGUUUUCGCUGGUUUCCUUUCCGCUUCAUCAGAAAAUUUGAAGAGGGGGUAAUUUAAAGAAUUUGUAGCAGAAUCAGAACUCAGAAUGAGGUGUAUCAUCUUGCUGUACCUAAUGUCAGCUCUGUACUCAUGCUGGGCUCGUCCACCUCUCCUUCAUGAGAUGGUUAACUACAUCAACAAAGUUAACACUACCUGGAAAGCCGGGCACAACUUUCGUAAUGUUGAUUAUAGCUAUGUGAAAGGUUUAUGUGGAGCCAUGCUAAAUGGACCAAAACUUCCAGUUAUGGUUCAAUAUGCUGGUGAACUUAAACUUCCUACUAAUUUUGAUGCCAGGGAGCAGUGGCCCAACUGUCCCACUCUCAAAGAGAUCAGAGACCAGGGUUCAUGUGGCUCAUGCUGGGCUUUUGGGGCAGCUGAAGCAAUCUCUGACAGAACCUGCAUUCAUAGCAAUGGCAAAGUAAGCAUAGAAAUUUCUUCUGAGGACCUGCUGAGUUGUUGUUACAGCUGUGGGAUGGGAUGCAAUGGUGGAUACCCUUCUGCUGCCUGGGACUUCUGGACUAAUGAAGGUCUGGUGUCAGGUGGACUCUACAAUUCUCAUAUAGGUUGUCGGCCAUACUCCAUUGAACCCUGUGAGCAUCAUGUAAAUGGCACCCGUCCCUCUUGCACAGGAGAGGGUGGCGACACUCCCAGGUGUGAGAAACGAUGUGAACCUGGGUAUAGUCUCUCCUACAAAGAUGACAAGCAUUUUGGAAAACAAUCAUAUAGUGUUCCCUCUGAUGAGAAGCAGAUCAUGCAGGAGCUCUACAAGAAUGGUCCGGUAGAGGGUGCCUUCACCGUGUAUGAAGAUUUUCUCAUGUACAAGUCUGGUGUAUAUCAGCAUGUCACUGGAUCUGCAGUAGGAGGUCAUGCCAUAAAAAUCCUGGGUUGGGGAGACGAGAAUGGCACUCCCUUCUGGUUGGCAGCCAAUUCCUGGAAUACUGAUUGGGGUGAUAAUGGUUUUUUCAAGAUCCUGCGAGGUGUGGACCACUGUGGCAUUGAGUCUGAGAUUGUAGCUGGUAUUCCUUUGUAACUCUUACACAAGGGAGAAGAGUACAUUUUUAUUGAAGUAUUCUCAUUGGUACCUUUUUAAAAUACAGAUGUCUUUUGACUAGACAUAUUACAUAGCUUUGCUUUCCUACCUAUGAAUUGAAUUGAUAUGAGCAUUUUAGUGUUGCAUCUCUGAUCAUUUUAAUAGACAAUUUGCAAAUGAUUAUAGCCCAAAUGAUUAUAUAUAUAUGUUUUGGGUUUUUUUUAUUAAUUAAUGGACUUUUUACAAGGUGAUGUUUAAAAAUUAAUGGAUUUGUAUUAUUUUAUCUAAAUGCAUUUGAUUGUGCACAGGCUUGAAAUAAAGUGAAAU